CGUUAGCACCGUCGCCUCGCAGGAAGAAGGUCGCCGGUACGCGUCCCGCAGGAGAGGAGCAGACAGACACCUCCUGGGUUUAGGUUGCCUUGAAACAGAACUGGGGACAUAGAAAAACAUUUACCCACACAGAAAUAUCACAGGAACUGUAGCUUUUGGAGAAGAAUUAACGAUUUGUGUUACCCUUGCUGGAUAAGAAUCUAUAAAAAUCAUGUUCCUGAAAUGUUAAACACCUUAACAAUCUUACUACAGAAAGCUGGAAGGCAGAUAAGUGUUUGAAUCGCUGUAGAGGGAAAGGUUAGCAGGAGAGGAUAGUUGUAAUGACAUAUUUGUAAUUCUAUAAUAUCUGCUGCCUCUUGAAAGUUAAGAAUUUCAUGGAAAAAACAAUCACAGACCUUCACAUGUUUCAAGUUGGUGGUCAGAUCAUCAGCCUAUCUGAUCAUCACAUUAUAACACAGAUUGUAUCUACAUUGAUAUGGUCGUCAUUAAAGAACGUAUUGAAGAGUGGAGGGUGCAGCUUGUAUUUUACAGUCUAAAAUGACACCAGUUCUCAUUCGAGUUAAUGGUUGCUGAGCAUAAAUAAUCUAUGAGAUUAAAAUUGCUGGUCUCUUUGGAAAGGUAUCACCAACAUCCACAACUUUAGUCUCCUAUUCUUGUGUUCUGCGUGGCAAUAAAAUAUUAUCUUAAAUUAUUCCCUAUCCAGCGUGUUUGUUGCCUAGCGACACUGGACACUACAUUUAUGCAUUGGAGCAAGGAACAGCCUGCUGCCACCAGACUUGUACCACCUUACACUGAUCAUACACCUGCAACUACAUCAUCAGCCCCAUUGCUCCGGGCCACGUAGUGGACCUGCUGGCCCAUCGCAACAUGAGUAGCUGGUUCCACUGACGCCUUCUGGAGAGCACAGUGAGAGCAGCCACACAGCUGGCUGUGCAGAGGGCAAGUCAGAGGGAGAAGAUUUGGGGGAUGAACUGCAGGAAAUGGCAGUUGAAAUGUUUCGGAAAAAAGCAUCUUCCUCCUUGAGAAUGAGAAGGAUAACAGAAAGCACUAGAUGGAGAAUAGACCGUGGGCGGAGCUUGUCCUUCCAUGAGGUACGGGGCCAGCGCGAGGUGGAGAUGAGGGCCGCGACCGAAGAAUCCUCCAACAGCAGCAACGGUUUAGGAGGCGGUAGCAGCACCGUUCUACAGCGCCUCCUGCAGGAGCAGAUAAACCGGAACUAUGUGCUGCAACAGCAGCAACAACAACAACAACAAGCAGGAGGAGGCGCAGGAGGUGGAAGUGGAGGAGGUUACUCAGUACAGGGACAGGUUGGUCCAUCGGAUGACCACUCCAUGACUCCACACAUUGCUCGACAAGAGCCCCAAGGACAGGAGUUGCAGACAGACAAUGGCUUGGAAAAACUGGGCUCCACCAGAGGGGGAGGAAACAGUGGUGGGGGAGGAGGUCUAGGGACCGGAGGAGGAGGAAGUAGCAGUGGAGGUGGUGGGAGCAACCAAGGGCAGUGUCCGAACUCCGAGGACCUCCCUACAUAUGAAGAGGCCAAAGUGCAGUCACAAUACUUUCGUGGCCAUGUUCCUCCUCCUCAGCCUCAGCAGCAGAGCAGCCAGGUCCAGCAGCCUCCUCUUCCCACCUCAGUGGGUGCUGCCUUCUAUGUCACUGGGGUGAGCAGUGCCAAGGUACGCACUGAGGGUCGCCCCACAGUGCAACGAGUGAGUGGCGCAGGAAAGGUGCACCAGGAUGAUGGACUGAAGGAUCUGAAGCAAGGGCACGUUCGGUCUCUCAGUGAGCGACUUAUGCAGCUCUCAUUGGCAACCAGUGGCGUGAAGGCUCACGCUCCUGUUACCAGCACCCCACUCUCACCCCCACUGCCUCCUCCAGGGCCACCUGGUGACUAUUACAAAUCACAGCAUCGCGGCCCACCUCCAGACUACCCUUUCAAAGGAAUGGGUUCCCCCACCAAACAGCAAGAGCCUGGAGGCCACUAUUACCAGGAGCAGAGAGGGAGAGAACAUUCGAGGGAGGUGCCUCAUGUCCGAUACCAGCCUCCACCUGACUAUGGCUCAUUCAGGUCCAGCAGGGAGGGCUUGGUUCACUCCCAGAGGCCCCUUCACCAGCAUAGUCCCACCUCCUCUGUCACCUCCGUGGGCUCCUUGUCUCGUGCCCAGUCCUCCACCAUCAGCAGCAUGCUCAGUGCCUCCCACUCAUCUCAUCCUUCCUUCCCUCACCAGCAAUCCCACAGCCAAGGAGAGCCCUUUCCUAGCAUGGGCCCUCGUAGCCCACAGGGUACUGGCUCCCACCAUGUGGCUGAGCCUUUCACACCAAUGCCUAUUCACCCAACAUCACAGAGGGGUCAUGUUUUCUCUCUUGACCCUUAUGGCUCCACCCCAAGGAUGCACCAGCACCAGCACCAGCACCAGCACCAUCCAUAUCAACAACAACAACAACAACAACAGCAACAGCAGCAACAGCAGCAGCACCAACAGAUCCAAGGACCUCCGCCAGUCCAGCUGCCGAUCCAGCCUGGACAUUACCCCAUGCCACAUUCCUUCUCCCACCUGCAGGGGGAACCAUUCGCAAUGAUGACCCGUGCCAAUCAGAUGGUGGAUGUACUGGCAGAGGAGAACAGGAUGCUGAGGCAGGAGAUGGAGGCCUGUCGCGAGAAAGUCACCCGUCUGCACAAGUUGGAAACAGAGAUACAGCUGGUAUCAGAAGCCUAUGAAAACCUUGCUAAGUCCUCCUCCAAGAGGGAGGCCCUGGAGAAAACCAUGAGGAACAAGCUAGAGCUGGAGGUGCGUCGACUGCAUGACUUCAACAGGGACCUCCGAGAGCGCAUGGAGACGGCAAACAAGCAGCUUGCUGCUAAAGAGUGUGAUGGCUCAGAAGACAACCGCAAAACCAUCUCCCAGCUGCUCACACAGAACAAAGAAACGCUGCGUGAAAAGGAGAAGCUGGAGAUGGAGCUGAAUGCACUGCGCUCCACCACCGAGGACCAGAGGAGACACAUCGAAAUCAGAGACCAGGCGCUCAACAACGCCCAGGCUAAAGUGGUCAAGCUGGAGGAAGAGCUAAAAAAGAAGCAGGUUUAUGUGGAGAAGGUGGAGAGGAUGCAGCAGGCUCUGGCUCAACUUCAGGCAGCCUGCGAGAAGAGAGAACAACUUGAACAUAGACUUCGUACAAGACUGGAGAGAGAGCUGGAGUCACUACGCAUGCAACAGCGCCAGGGAGGCUCUCAGAACAGCGGUGCGGUCCCCUCAGAGUACAACGCAACAGCCCUUAUGGAGCACCUAAGAGAGAAGGAGGAGCGGAUCCUGGCUCUGGAGGCCGAUAUGACCAAAUGGGAGCAGAAAUACUUGGAAGAAAGUGUGAUGAGGCAGUUUGCCCUGGACGCCGCUGCAUCUGUUGCCACUCAGAGGGAUACAUCUGCAGCAGUGAUAAGCCACUCUCCCAGCAGCAGCUACGAUACAUCGGUUGAGGCUCGUAUCCAGAAGGAAGAAGAGGAGAUUCUCAUGGCCAAUCGGCGCUGUCUGGACAUGGAGAGCAGAAUAAAGAAUCUCCAUGCCCAAAUCAUUGAGAAGGACGCCAUGAUCAAGGUGCUCCACCAGCGCUCUAGAAAGGAGCCCAUCAAAUCAGAUGUACCGUCUGCCAUGCGGCCCUCCAAGUCCCUGAUGUCCAUCUCCAACACUGGUUCUGGUGGUUCAGGACUUCUCUCUCACAGCCUGGGACUCAGUAGCUCACCAAUCACAGAAGAGCGCAAGGACACCAGCUGGAAGGGCAGUCUGGGGGUUCUACUGGGUCCUGAGUUUCGCACAGAGUCUCUCAGGGCAGAGUCAAUCUCAUCAUCCCCCUCCCCAGUACUGCCAUCAACACCGAUGACUGCAGGCCAUUCAAAGACGGGCAGCAGGGACAGCUGCACACAGACCGACAAAGGUCAGAGUCAGGACACCAGCAAGCCCAGCACUCCAGCCCUCCAGAGCAUGACGUUGCCUGCCCGUCUGACCAACCCCAGCCCUGUCUACAUCCCCGACCGCAUAGCAGAUGUACCAGUGUUACACAGCAGCACUCUGGAGCGGAGGCUCCCCGUGCAGGCCCAUCCAUCACAUCAGGUUCCUCCUCCAGCCCCAGCCACACAACAGGAGGUCGAUGCAGACAUGGUGGAGAUCCUCAUCUGAUCUCAUGACUUAUGGAAGUAAACAUUAUCCAAGUGGAUGAUAAGAUGGUAGCUUCAUCAGAAGAAACAUCCCAAGACAAGUAAAGCACCCUGGCUCAUCCUCCAAACCUGCAGCUCUGUUGGCAUUGACAGACCUGUCAUGAGACAUUUUUACACCUUUGUGUUUACAUGUAAAUUCACUCAAACACUUCCAGCCUCACUGGAUUUUUACACAUUGCCUUCAUUCCUUCACCGAAUCAUCGUUUAUCUUUUGACCAGAUGAUAAACGAUGAAGAAAGGAAUCAGAAAGCAGAAAGUGCAACACCCCUACCUGUCUCAUCUCAGUUAGACUAAAAGCAUGUGUGAAUGAAGUGGUGACUGGAACUAAAAAGGCCACAGUUCAUAGCCUCAUAUUUAUUUUUCUAAUGCAACUUUAUAAGUUGCCUUUGGCACUGUCUUGUUAGCAGUGAUGGGGAAGGUUUACUUUGUGAAUGAUGGUGAAGGUUGGUUAGACUGUUUUCAUUUGUGUGUGUGCCUCUAAAUUUUAACAAGAUUAACACCAGUGAAAUGGAAACAAUAUGAAAAGGACAAACAGCGGAGAGCUUUUGUCACAGCGAGAAUACACAUCGACACACAAACACACACACACACAGGUGUAUUUUCAGCUUUUACAUUGAGGUGAAGGAUUUUAAUGUUUAGUUGCUGUAGGUGUUUCCUGAUGUGCCUACGUUUUGACCUAUUAAACCUACACACUGUUACUUAGUGUACAGAUUACUGUGGCACCAGUAGUUCAGCACAUGUAGGAACAUCUGCGAGGGUACAAUGUAAAAAAAUUUACAACAUGCAAGCAAAAAAAAUCAUAAAAGACGCUGUCGGAGAAAGCAGCUUGUUCCUGCUUGAUCUCUGAACUCUCCUGUAUAGUGUUGAUGGAGGUUAGCUUCGGUGGACCAAAUAUACUGGCUACCUGUUGUUGCAUUUGUUGCACUACUUAUGUUUUAAGAGUGUUUCUUUUUGCUAUAUUACUUUAAGAAGUCUGAGUCAUUAGGUUUUGUAUUUAUGUCUGAAGCUUAUUUUUUACUGUAGUUAAACAUGGCACUUGGGUAAUUAGAAAGUAUGUAAACUGAUAAUAUGAUUUAAAAACAAAAAAAAACAAAAAAAAACUUUAUUAACUGUGUAAAUAGGGUAUUCACAUUGUUCAUGUACUGUCUGUGUAAAGUGUGUGUUGUGUAGGGUGUGUUCGAUUAGUCAGUUGAGAUGUCGCCCUACAAAUCGCAGACUUGUUCCACUUCUGGUGCAAACUAACCGGCAUCUCAGUGGCCCUGUUCAGUGCUGGUACAACCAUUACAGAAGUACUGGGAAUAAGAUUCUAAAUAUGUGGUGUUCAUGACCUUUGUGGCACAUAAACUUCAGGGAGGCACGGCUUCUUGAGUAAAACUGCUCAAUUUGUUGAGCUAUCCUAUUUUGUUAAAAUCUGCUCUUCCUUUACGACGUCUGCACCAAGUAGGAAACUUCUUAAUGUCGCCACUGUACAUUUGCAUCUGCUUUCAAUGGCAACAAAUUUUUUUUUUGCUGUCAGGGAUGCAUUUAGAAAAUAUACUUGGAUGAUUUUUAGCUAUUCUGAAAACAAAAAAGUAGAGAAGAGUUCCUUACUUUAAAAAAAAGGUUGGUAGCCUAGCAACCUCUGUUCUUGAAACCUAAGCCACCUGAGGUCAAACAGCUGCACGGGUCAGUACACACUCAUUGUAAGGUCUUUAUUAAACACCCUAAUAUGGAAUGCUAGAUUUAACAGGAGGGACUGAGAGGCUGGCCGGAGUCACUCUCAGGCAGGAUCUUAUUCAUUAUCGUAUGUAUUCAUUCAACAUUUCAUUUCAUAUGUUUAAAAGCAGUUUUUUCGUUGUAUCUUUUAGCAUGAUGCACAGCAUAGCAUAAAGGUGACAUAAGAAUAUUCGCUUAUUGUGAAUAUUCAACUAUUCUGGUACUUGCAUUACCGCGCCUGCCCUCCAUCUGACUGGUGAUCAAAACAAACCACGAGAAGCAUUCGCCAUUUCAUUGAGUUUAGGUUUCAUUCGUGGGUUCAGAUUUUCACAUGAAAUGAAUGCAACAAUGAACAAGUAUUAUUUGCUUUGCCUUAUACUAUGCACAGUCGAGUGUUUGCUUCCGAUUAUAAAUGUCUUCCGUUGGAUUUCAGAGCUAGCCUCUAAUCCCAGUGUCUUGUGCUCUUGACCAAGGUUGGCAAAAAUGUAUUUAUGUUCACUUUGUAGACGUAAAAGAACUUAAAUACGACCAUCAACUUAAAAAGUCAGCACAUGUCCAGUCUUAAAAAUAAAUGAAAUCAUCUUUGAGUAAGGUAAUGUCAUUGCCCAAGAAUGUUGUUAAAGUAAGUGGUAAUAUUUUGAGACGAAUGUUUUUUAUUUCAACAUACUGACAUACAAAUGUGUGGUGUUAAAAACGCUGCAUCGUCCCUGUUAUGUGACUUGUGGCUCGUUAAGCCAGUUCCAGGCUGUAGCAGAGGUAGAGAAAAUCUCCUCGUUUAAAAUCAAGACGUAAAGUCAAGGAUAUCCGAGCCUUCGCAUAAUCGAAUAUCUUUGUGCCUUUUAGGGUUAGAAUUACGUUUUAAGUUAAUAUAAUUAGACUGAAGAUGUCAAUUUGAAAACCAAAAAUGUUGGACCAAAGAAGGUAAGAGCGGUCAGCACACUGAUGUCAUUUCAGAGACAGGAGGACGAUUCCACUGAAGGAAGUUUCAUUACAAGAACUUAAUUAGAAACGCACUGAUGUUUUGUAACUGAAUAUGUAUUACAUUUAACUGAGACCAAAAUGAAUGCUGUUAUUUUUCCCCACUGCAGAAAUC